CUGCGCAGUGUGAGCGGGAUGGCGUAUUUUCUGGUACCAAGUAAUGCGGCGUCGCUGGUGGCUGAGGAGGGCGGAGAGUUCUGUGGUGAAGUUGGGGGAGGGAUUUAUGUAGUCGUCGGGAGGAGCGGUGGUAUGAACUAUAAAGUGGGAAGUUGAUGCUGGGUUCUGCUACUCCGGGACCGGCGGCGUGAAGUUGUGAGAUCAUCGUGGAACCAUCAGCUUUGAAACUUAAAAAUAAUGGAGAAGACUCAAGAAAAAGUCCAAAGAAUCCUUCUAGAACCUUAUCAGUACUUACUGCAAUUACCAGGUAAACAAGUGAGAACCAAACUUUCACAGGCAUUUAAUCAUUGGCUGAAAGUUCCAGAAGACAAAUUACAGAUUAUCAUUGAAGCAACAGAAAUGUUGCACAAUGCCAGCUUGCUCAUUGAUGAUAUUGAAGACAAUUCAAAACUCCGACGUGGCUUUCCAGUGGCACACAGCAUCUACGGGACCCCGUGUGUCAUCAAUUGCGCUAAUUAUGUGUAUUUCCUUGGCUUAGAGAAAGUCUUAACCCUCGAUCACCCAGAGGCGGUGAAGCUUUUUACACGCCAACUUUUGGAGCUCCAUCAAGGACAAGGCCUAGAUAUUUACUGGAGGGAUAACUACAUUUGUCCCACAGAGGAAGAGUAUAGGGCUAUGGUGCUGCAGAAGACAGGUGGACUGUUUGGAUUAGCAGUAGGUCUCAUGCAGUUGUUCUCUGAUUACAAAGAAGACUUAAAGCCACUGCUUGACACACUUGGGCUCUUUUUCCAAAUUAGAGAUGACUAUGCUAACCUACAGUCCAAAGAAUAUAGUGAAAACAAAAGUUUUUGUGAAGACCUAACAGAGGGGAAGUUCUCGUUCCCCACUAUUCAUGCCAUUUGGUCAAAGCCCGAAAGCACCCAGGUGCAAAGCAUCUUGCGUCAGAGAACGGAGAACAUAGAUAUUAAAAAGUACUGUGUCCAUUAUCUUGAGGAUGUAGGUUCUUUUGAAUAUACUCGGAAUAUUCUUAAAGAACUUGAGUCUAAAGCCUAUAAACAAAUUGAGGCAUGUGGUGGGAACCCUGAGCUAGAGAGUUUAGUAAAACACUUAAGUGAGUUAUUCAAAGAGGAAAAUGAAUCACUUUAGGCCAUUCUUGAUUGAGCCUGAUAGUGUCCUACAAUUUUUUUAGUUGUUUUUUGUUUGGUUGGUUUUGGUUUUUGGUCUUUGGUUUUUUUUGUCUUUCAGUCUAUCACCUGUCCACAAAUUUAGAUCAGGCUGUUAGUCUCCAAAAACUGAGUAAAUAGGGGUAAAAAUAAUGAAAUUGUUUCAAUGUAGAACUCUCUCCGGGCAUAGAAUACAAAGUUGAAAGUACAAAAAAGCCACAUUUGUAUAGGUCAAAUUGAAUGUCAGAAACUUGUGGCAGGACAUUGUGACCAAUUCUGCCCUGCUGCCACAAAUGUGCUAUUGCUUGCUUUUGUCAAUUAAAAAAAGACAGCUUCCAGAAAUUUUUAUUUGGGUACUUUUAACUGUACUAUGUGAGCAGUUCCCAGUUCAUCCACCCUAGUUUCAAAACAUUGACUUAUUUGGGACCAGUUUCUUUAGCUGACUGGCCUCAAUGACCACAAAACUUUUUUUUCCUAAAUGCUUCUGCUGGUAAUGGCCCAGUGUCGUCCUUGGAGAUCCCUUUACUAAAGUCUGAAAAGGCUGAGUAAAAGCAGCACUCUGGGCCUUUCUCUUACCCUCUUCCUUUUUUUCCUUGCUCUCCACCCCACAAAUUCUGCUUUUUAACCAAGAAGUCUCCACUUAAUGAAAUUCACUGCAGUCCGAAUAUAUUUCUUCCCCUGAUAACAUUUCUGUGCUCCCAACUGAUUAGCAUCUGGGUAUGUCAUUGUCUUUCCAUUUGGAAAAGAAGAAAACAUACCAAGUUUUUAGGAGGGAAACUCUGAGCCUUGAUUUCCCCAUCACUGGUUAAGUGAAGGUUUUUAAAGGGCUGUUUGCUUAGGUCCAGUACAAAAGCAGGGGACAUGCACUUUCCCUUCCUGUCUACACCACUGCCCCCUUGGAGGCCGUGUAUGCCUUCUGAACUGAAAAGAAAAAGGAAUCUUCAGUCACUAAUUAAAAAAAACCACAGCAUUAACGGAGAGCAUACCAGACUGAAAAGAAGUCAAAGACUACCAUCCAGUGCUAAUUAGCUUUUUAGUGCCUUAACCAUGUCCCAGCUGUCUCUUUAAUUUCUAAACCCCAGACCCUUGUACCAUGGGCCCAAGGUAGGGGACAAAGGAAAAAAAAUAGACCGAUUCCUGUGUUAGAAGUGUUGACAUCCCAAAAAGAAAGUACUGUUUCCCUUAGGAACAUUGUUGUGCUUGAUUGGUUCUGUGGUGUGCUAUAUAGGAUCUAAUCACCAUAUAUGUGGAUGAGAAAUUCUUACCCAAGCAUUUGAUCUAAAUCUUGAAAAGUUAGGUGUUGUCUUUCCUAACUUUUAAAAUAACUGAAUCUUCCAUUUUAAUAGCAAUAAGGAAAUCACAUAAAAUCAUGGGUAUUUGUGCUAAAGUGUGGAAAUUUGAAUUUCAUAUUUAUAAACUCUUACUUUUUUUUUUCAUUUUGGUACCAGGGCUUAAACUUAGCCCCUCACACUUGCUCUACCAUUUGAGCCACUCCACCAGCCCUGUUUUGUGUUGG